UAUGAAAAAUCCUGGAAUGUUUUCCUCAAAAACAUUAAAUUCUUUACGACUGAAGAAAGAAAGACAUAUGAACAUCUUUGAUGACAUGGUGUUACAGCGCACAUGAAACCGUAAAAAACACAGCUAAUCAAAACCACACAGAGCUAAAGGACAUUCUUUCACCAACUGAGCAAUGUGGUGAAUCAACUGGUGAAUUAUUUAAGAAUGGGGAUGGACCAAAAGUAAGCUUUCAUGAAGAUGGUUUUACCACUCUGCAUCAACAUGGACAGAACACACCAAAACAGGGUCAAAAUACAGGAAUACAACACAACAUAGGCCUUCAUGAACAAACGCAAAUUGUCCACAACAGCUCACAAAGACAUUCUACUCAACCUGUAUUUGAGGUUCAAACCGAAUUCAACAAGGAAUCUGGAGCCAGCGACUGUAGAAAGAAUGCUGUUACAUCUUCACAGUACCACAGUAAUCUGACCUCCUUUGAAGUGGACAAUGGUCUAAAAGCAAGCACUGAUUCCCAGUUUUUUGCACACCAUUCAGAAGUAGUAAACCAGGUCUUGCCAUUAGACUCUUUUCCUGCUCUUCAUUCUGAAAGUACCCCUGAGCCAGAACCUGGUCUUAUCAAUCCUACAUCAGUUAUGUUGACAUCAGCCCUGGCCUCAGUUCUUGCUCCGCCUUGGAGUGGCCGUCUUCGAAGACCCAAGCAAGGCGGCAGCGAAGUACAGCAUGAACCCCAAGACUGUGGACAGAAUGUCAACCCAUCUACCUUAUUUCGCCAGGAUCAGCAGCAACAACCGUUUCUUCCUUACCAGCGGCAACCAUCUGAACACAUGUUCAAUGACAAUGACAUGCAGUUGACUGCAGGAACCAGCUAUAACUCUCCUGACUGGCAAAAAGAGAACAAUUCCCCAAACAUCACAGCCACAAUACAGCAAAAGAGGCCCAUUAUUAAAUCCUCCUCUGUGGGCAUGAUGUACAAUAAUACAGAUUUGCAUCCUUUUCCAACACAUCUGGACACUCAUCAGGUACCAAAUUUGGCUCAUUCAGGGUACAGAAUAUCAAAAACUGGAGAUGAAAAUGAGCCUUUCAAAUCAUUGAGUUCUAAGCCAACAACAAGCAGCCUACUUCUUUCCUUGAGGAGGUCAAAUAUGAGAAGCACCAGCGCUGAACCCACACAAUCACAGACUCCAGUGACUAGGUCUGUCAGGUACCUUACAUUGCCUAGCAGAGUUGUUUUGAAAACUCCAUCAUUUGCCCAUUAUGUUACUGCUGAUGACCAAACCCCCGAAUACCCAGACACUCCUGCAAGAACAGAGGAAAUACCAGUCAGUCAGUUCCCUUUCUCACAUAGAAUUAAGAGUAGAGUGCCAUUAAGGAAAUCACUGUUUCUAAACAAACCAGAGACAGAAAUUUCAAAGAGACUAGAAGCUUCUGUUGCAAGAGAAGAGGAAGAAUGUUUCCCAAUCUCCACAACAAAAACCAGCCAACUUGGGGUUCUCAGAGCCCAACAGAGCUCUUAUUCAGAGUUUUUGAGGAAAUAUUCCAGUACAGAGGACAUAAAUCCAGUGGAACAAAAUGUUGCCAACAACACCAACCUGCAAAACUCCAGUAUGACCAGACAAAAAGUAACUCCAGAUACCACAUUUUCUCCCAAAGUUUUAUCAAAUUUUAAUAUUCAACAAUCUGGCUUUAAUGUUCAAAAAUUAAAAUCACAAAGUACACACAAUAUAAUAGCCGGUAGUUCAUCAGGCACAAGCACCUUCACAGACAGGCUUAACUACUCACCCAGGGAAGACACUUCUGUAGAUGGAACAAGUCCCACAAAUGUUUGGCAGAUAUAUAUGGACUCUAAGAAAUAUUCUCAGUCAAGUCAAAGCACUGUGGAUCUUUCGAGCCCUCUUUCUCCAAGCAGACCUCUCAGAAGUGUAAGAGUACCAAGCAUUUAUUCAUACCUACGGGAGUCCAGCCCGGCUAUGUCCACCCCUUCCCCUUCUACCCCUUCUUUCCACAUACAGAGAGGUGAAACCUCGCCUUCUAAGCAAGAUGGAGGUGUAAAACUGCAGGGUGACCGGAAAACAGUUCCCUCAAGAUUUUCAUUUGACUUCAACCCAUCUGUGCCACAGGUACAAGCAUUACAAAGAAAAUCUUAUGGCUCCAGCUCUCAUAUAGCACCAGCUAAAUCUCUGCCUCCUGAUUUUGGACGAAGAUCAGCACCUCGUCUCAGCACUUCUCAAUAUUCUAGCCUCAUCACCUCACGACCUACACUCAACAACACUUUACAAGAACUAUCCUCUCCACCUGUGUCCAAAACUCAAACCCGAUCUACAUCUUAUGAUAUUGUAACCACGUCUGCAAACUUCAUUAAAGUUGAUCCAAUCUCUUCACUGUCCACAUACACAAGUAUAAUAAGAAGACCAAAGGAACAGUUGGCUUCUGCUAACAGAAAACAGAGGACAGCAGUUCAAGAUUAUGCAAGCGCCCUAGAUAAUCACAAACCUGCCCAGCCAUGCCUCUUACAAGCUGCACCAGAUGCAAGUUUUGUCAUGGAAAGCCAAAGCUCAAAUAUAAGCACACACCCAAGGCAGCUCAACACAGGCUCUAACAACUUGUAUCAUCAAGAGCAUGAUUGCUUGAUGGAACUUCAGCUUGAUAAGGGUAAUGCUUACCCCAAGCACAGGCUAAGUGAGAAAGAGAAGUAUUUAAUACCCGAUAAGCUCACAGUAGAAAAUGAGACUCCACUGACAGCUGAGAAAGAGAUUCCCGCUGUGCGUAUGCAUGAGAGAUUGCAGGAAAUGCAAAGUUCCAAUUCAAAAAAAGGCCUCCUUAGUUCACGAGUUAAGAAAAACAAAGAAGCUGCCUUCUCUUCAGCUUCUUUGCCAGACAAAGAGGUUAGUCCUGUGCAGCAAAACCUUGUGAGGUCUCACUUGUCCUCAUCACAUGCUGAUUUAAAGUAUGGUCUACACAAUGGACGAUCUUUUUCAGUAAGCAGUGUGGUUUCAAGCCGCCCAUCAGGUCCUGGACGAAUCUCAACAAGCAGCAUCAGCGACCUCUCAAGUUUGAGUUCUCAAGUUGACUCUCCAAUGAGUAGUAGCCAUUCUCCAAUCUGUGAUGCCAAAUCUAUCACUGGUAAACAGUCUGAACCUGGAUAUACAGAUGAUCUUGAUCUUGAUCAUUAUGAUGCAGACCCAACCCCACCUCCAUCACCAACUAUGUCCUCUUCACCUCGUCGGAUAUCCCAGGCACCUUCUGUGUCUUCCCCCAUGUGGACAACUCCAGAAAAUCUGUCUCCUCCUCGUGGUAUCCUGUCAUCAAGGAGCUACACAACCAGCUUGACUGUUUUUGAGGAGUCUGAUUCUGACACUACAACCGAUGAUGAAUACUAUAUUGACAGUUGUGAUGAUGCAGUAGAAACAGAACUUUAG